UAGCAGCCACGGAGUCAAAGUCAUUCAAACAGCUCAAGGUUAUUGCUGCAUCAAAGCAACUUCUCAGAGACAUGCCACAGCUGGCAACGCGAUUCCAAACAUAUGGUUUGGAAACAUUCCAUGGACUGAUCUUGCACUUUGCUCCAAAGUCUUGCCAAUACUCGUACGAAGGAAUGAAAGCAAGAACACAGCUAGCGGCUCUUCACUACAACGAGAACAGCGGAAGAGAGCAGGCAUCAACAAAGGCUGGUACUCUUAGGUGGCGUGUCAAAUUUCCAAAAGCGACAGGAGGUACACCAGUUGCCUGUCCUGUAAAAGAGAAAACCACGUAUCGCUAUGUUGAGCGGCUACUGGAUGCUGCUAUGACGGGCGGCAAUCGGUUGUCAGCGUUCAAGAAUGCAAAGGCACCACCACCACUGAGCAGCGCUUUCGCAAAAGUGGCAAAGGAAGAACUAGUAAAGAAAAGACUGACAAGAUUCAACAGAACAUGCCACGGUGUAACCAAUGAAUGUGCUGAAAUGGAUCAAGUGUGUGAACGGGGAACUUAUUGAACAGCAAACUUUUAUGUGAAGAGUGUGUUGAAGUGAAUGGUGAAUGCUGAGAGAUUAACAUACAUCUGAUGUGAAGUGCAAAUACUGUAUUGUAUGUUCUGUAUUAUUUUUUGUAUGAGCCAUAACGUCACUUUGUUAUGAAUAAUUAUGAACAAUAGCGCUGCUGUAAACUCCUCCAUGAAACAGGAAGUCAGCAGAGCGAAAAUUUAACACUACGAAUGCACUCACAUGCUUGGAACGUACAAGGAGUGAAAACAUUUUUUCAACUGUUCAAUGAGAAUUCAGGUAUUCAGUGUUCAAGAAUUCGGGUGUUCAGUGUAAUAUUUGAUGGAUGACAUGAUAUGAUUGCCCUUGAUUUGCUGUGUCAGAAGUUACUUUUCACUUUCUUUUGUUAUUCAUGAAUGAUUCUUCCUAGAAAUCAUUUGUUGCCGGAGGUGUUUUUGAUGAAUGUGCUAGUACAAAUAUUCACUAUGGUAAUGUGACUAUGUGAUGUUUAAUAAAU